AUGACGAAAGCAUUCGAUUCUGUAUGCCACUUCGCUAUUGAAUGGGUUCUGAAGAGAGCUGGAGUUCUACCUCUAACGAGAAUGCUUCUAUCAGUUAUCUUGACAAAACAAAGAGUCCGGUAUUGUGGAUAUCAGAACGGAAAACUGGUCAAAAGUGAACCUCUAGAGGUUAAGAGGGGUGUGAUGCAAGGUGAUACCUUGAGUCCACUUCUCUUCUGCAUGGCGAUUGCUCCUAUAUCAUCGUGUCUGCGCAAUAACGUUACCCCGUACCGAACUUCCACAGGAGCACUAACACUAGCAUGCGAACCUCUUACAAUCAACCAUAUUUUCUAUAUGGAUGAAUCUGAAGGUCUGCUCACCCAGUUGGGAUGA